AACGGUCACCUAGAACGUCUACAUGGAUGCCUGACGCUAGCUGGUAGAUUUCCGGAAACUUCCAGAAGCUUGUGUGGUCGAUUCUUCAUCUAAAUACGUUGCAAUUGUGAGGUUCAUCCUUGUAACCGAAGAGUAGAAGAUUUGCCUCGUGGAGGACUAAUCAGUAAACCUUCCAGCAAGUCUAACAGUAAUAGGCUCAACUCAGAGGAAGUGGAGUCUCUCCUAUUGCACAAAAAUUAUGUCUGCCACUGGUGAAGAGGAUGGGAACAUACUUCAUCCACCUGAAAUUCAUGAAAUUCAAGAAAUUGAAGGACCACAAGCAAUUGAAACUCUCCUGAACUAUUGUCAGAUUAUAUUUAAAACUGUUCAACGAAUGGAAAAAAGGUUUAAUGAAAUUGAUGAAAAACUAACAAAAGUUUAUUAUGCUCGUUCCAGAUCCUUCUGGAAUUAUCCUCCUUUGAAAUCUGCAACCAGAAAGUACAAUUACUUGACGCCUAAAAAAAGACGUAAAGUGCAGAAAGUGAGAGAAGUAGUUGAUGAUGAUCCCUUUGCCUAUCCUCAAAGUUACAGUCCAACUUCACCAGUCCGCAGGAGGGAAGGAUAUAACCAGGAUAUGGAAAACAUCGAGCCCAUGGACUGCACUCUGCCUUUCCAGUACACUGAUACUAUUGACAACAGCCAGACUUUCCAGUACACCGAUACUAUUGACAACAGCCAGACUUUCCAGUACACUGAUACUGUCGACCUCAGCCAGACUGUCCAGUACACCGAUACUGUCGACCUCAACCAGACUGUCCAGUACACCGAUACUGUCGACCUCAACCAGACUGUCCAGUAUACCGAUACUGUCGACCUCAGCCAGACUCUCCAGAACACCGAUACAGUCGACCUCAGCCAGACUGUCCAGUACACCGAUACUGUCGACCUCAACCAGACUGUCCAGUACACCGAUACUGUCGACCUCAACCAGACUGUCCAGAACACUGAUACAGUCGACCUCAGCCAGACUCUCCAGAACACCGAUACAGUCGACCUCAGCCAGACUCUCCAGAACACUGAUACUGUCAAUAAUGCCCAGCCGUUCCAGUACACCAAUACUGUCAACAACACCGUGGGUAUCCAAAACACUGAGAACAAUGAUGUUUUCCAUUCAGAGAAUUCCCAGGAAGCAGUAUUAGUCAGAUCUUCACUAGAGAGGGACUAUCAAGAAACUCCACCAAGUCCUACAUAUACUACCGAAAGCUAUGAGCAAUAUUACAGACUCAGAAAUGUACCUGGCUCUUCUACGAUGCCCUUCUACAGUGACAUAGAAAUUCCCAAUAUGGACACCAUCACUUCUGCCCCUUCAACAUCAAGGGAAGCAAGUACACUCCCUCCAGGGGAACUCAUCCCCAUACGAAAUCCUGAAAUGAGGCGAAGGGCCUUCUUGGAGGCUCUGCUCACACCUGUGAUUGAUCCUAACACUUUUGGUUCAUCCUCCGAGUGUACCCGUACUGUUGUGAGACACCUUGGUUACCCUGUAAACUGGUCUGUGAAUGAUGUAAUAACAUUUCUGAACCGUUUAGAUCCUCCUUUGGCUGACCAACUCUACCCUACCAUCAAAAAACAUGAUAUCGAUGGGAAAGCUAUGCUGCUGAUCAGUAGUGAUACAAUGAUAAAAUAUAUGGGGGUAAAGGUUGGAGUAGCCAUGAAGUUCGAAAACUACAUUAGAACGCUUAAAGAAAAAGUAAACUGUGGCCAGUAAAAAAAAAAUGUUUGUAUAACUUUAAAUGUUCUCAUAAAUUCUUCCUUAAUGCACAGAUGAGUCCCUAUGCUCAUUAGUUUUUGUUUUGAAGAAGAUUCUUAUAACAUAUGUUAUAACUAGAAUUUUAACAUUAUAGUCAAAGUCUGUUUCAAGAUACAUUUAACAUUAAUAUUAGCAUAUACAGACUGGUAGUUUAUUCUGUCUUUAAAAUGUUUUCAUUUUAUAGUUUAUAAACAUGCUUCAUGAAAGAAACAGAAAAAGCUACCUUUGAUUUGGCUUUAUCUUUAUGAAUAUUUUUAAAGCAACUAAAGAGGAAAUAUAAGAAACUAAUAACUCCCAUAAUUAAAGUGGUGAAAUUUUUUACAGAAGAGAAAUUAAAGGAUAUAUAGUUACCCUUAUUGGAUAUGUUUUCUGUAUAUUACUGGAGUAUACUUUUCAUGUUCUACCACUUUUCAGGGGGAAAAAAGCAGUAGCCAUA